AAUUUUCUCUUCCAGAUGUCUUAUUGCUGAUGAGAUGGGUCUUGGAAAAACCCUGCAGGCAUUAUCAGUGGCCUACUUAUACAAAUCAGAAUGGCCUCUGCUUAUCAUUGUUCCAUCCUCCUUGAGAUUUUGCUGGGUUGAAGAGAUUGAAAAAUGGUUCCCAGACACAAGUCCAGAAGACAUCUUCAUGGUGCAAACUGGGAAUGAUGCCAGUGGGAUUCAGAAUGCAAAGAUAGUCAUUGCUACCUAUGGCUUGUUGUCAAAGACUUCUAGUAAAGUCGUUCUUCAGGCCCUCACCAAUCAGAAUUUCCAGGUGGUGAUAGUAGACGAGUCGCACUACAUACGGAACAUUAAGACGGCAUCCUGUAAAGCUAUCAGUCCACUGAUCAGGAACGCCAACAGACGCAUCCUUCUGUCAGGGACUCCUUCACUUUCCAAACCAGUAGAGCUGUUCUCACAGGUUGAUGCUAUAUGCCCUAACAAGUUUGGGAGCUGGUGGACCUAUACUGCUCACUUCUGUGAUGCCAGGAUCCAGCAUAUAGGGAAAAUCCGCAAAAGAAAUGUGGAUGGUGCCAGUAAUUUGGCAGAGCUUCAGAAGAAACUUAAGGAUGUUUUAAUGAUCCGAAGAAUGAAAGAUGAUGUUUUAACCCAGCUGCCAGCUAAACAACGACAGCAGAUAUUGUUCCAGCUUAAAGAUUCUCAAGUCACCAAGGACAUUCAAAAGACUUUCCAAGAGCUGAAGUCAUCUAUGAAGAAAGACAGAUGCCAGGUUGAGAAUGUUUGUGAAGUGGCUACCAAUGAUGGCUGCUCAGGCAACACUCUCAGUCUGAUACAGAAGUUGUAUCAACUCAGUGGUGAAGCCAAGAUAGGCCCUGCUCGAGAUUAUGUUGCCAUGUUGUGUGACAACAAAAACCUCAAGUUUCUGGUCUUUGCCUACCAUCAUGCCAUGAUGAAUGGUUUACAGCAGACUUUGAUGGAACACGAUGUGAAGUUUGUUAGGAUUGAUGGUGAAACAAAACCUUCUGACAGACAACUGUAUGUACAGCAGUUUCAGUCCGACCCAGAUACUAGAGUUGCCAUUUUGAGCAUCCUAGCUGCAGGAGUGGGGUUGACAUUUACUAAGGCCACUCUGGUGGUGUUUGCUGAAAUGUACUGGACCCCUGGGGUUUUAAUCCAGUGUGAGGACAGGGCACACAGAAUUGGACAAACUAGAUGUGUUUCUGUCCAUUACUUGGUGGCAAAAGAUACCAUGGAUGAAUGGGUGUGGUCUGCAAUAUGUAGAAAGACAAUUGUGACCACCACAACACUCAAUGGUCAGAAGCAGGUGAUGAAAGCCGAUAAAGGAGACAAAUACCAGGUGGACCUGCUGUCUACAGCUGAUGUCUAUAAAGCACCGUCCACAGAGGAGGCAGCCAACACAGACUUUGCAUCCAUAUUUGCAUCUCAACAGCCAAAAGACCAGCCUUCAAUUUUGGAUUUUAUUAGUAGUGGAAAGAAAAGAAAGAGAGAGGAGGGAUCUGUUUUCAGGAAGAAAAGGAAGAAUUUCAACAAAACACAAGACUCAGAUGAUGUCAUAGAACUCCUAGACAGUGAUGGUGAGAAUGAGAUGGAUGAAAUUGAUGAAAACAGAAUCAGUACGCCAAAUGACAAAUAUAACACAGAAUCUCAUUCACAGGAAAAUUCAUCAAAAUUAAAAGGAAAAAUUAAGAAUGUAAACCAGAUGUUGUUAUUUCCACAAGGACAAAACGAUGAAGAGGAUGAGUUUGUUUUUGGUAGGACAAAAUUGACAAGGAAACCUUUACAUAUUAAGCAAUCAAACUCUUUUUCUGAUACUUGGGGGUGUUCAGGAUGCACAUUUCAAAACCAUGCUGACCUCCCCUACUGUGAGAUGUGUAACACUCCAAAACACAAUAGGUCAGUGAAAUCUAGUCAAAAUAACGAUGAAGGAAGUUUGACUGCUUCUCCAGACCAACUUGUAAAAAACAGGGUUGUAGAGUCUCAAGAAAAUAGCAAUAUUUUGAAGUGUGACAUUUAUACAUGUGAUAAUGAAAAUAUAUCUCAGUUGUCAGAAUCUCAUCACUUGUGCUCAAGCUGUGAUAAUUCUUGUUCUUCAUUGAAUGAAGAUGAAUCCUUUCAUCAUAAGGACAGUGAGGAGGAUCGGUCAGCAUGUGAUCAGUGUGAAAAAGGAAGACAGAGUGAUGAGGAGGAGUCAUUCUCAACAAAGUCUAAACAGAGACGAAGAACUUUCUUCCUGGAGACUUACUCCCCAACUUUGAAAUCAGGAGCUGAUCACAGCAGUCAAUCAUCUGAAAACUCUAGCGACAUUGACCAGUGUACAACAAGAAAACAAACUAUUUACGGGGAUAAUGGAAAGGAAAAUGUAGAAAAUGAGGAAAAGAAAGAAGGCAAUGAUCAGGAAAUGACUAGCAGUCUGGAACUGACCAAGAGUGGACAAAGUACUGUAGAGCUUCAGUCCUCUGAGGAUUCAUCCCAACCAACACAGAGUGCCUUGAGUGAUUCGAUGAUGGAGGAUAAUCUUGACAUUACUAGAGAAACUGAUGAUGUAGAAGAAAUGUUUGAUGAGGAUUGGGAUCAAGAAAUCCUGUCUCAAGAUGUUGAGACUACAAAGACUGAAGACAACAUCAUUGUAAAAGAUAUUUCAGCAGUUCCUGUCUAUAAGAGCUUUUGGUACAAAUGCAGUGCAUAUACAAGCAGAAUAUACCUAUACAAUGAGAAUGGUGACUCUCUCCAAGCCAACUUUGUGCCACUGGAUGUAGAAAUGAACAACCAAGGAAAUCUUCCAGAUAUCUUACUACAUCCACAGAAUUUUAGACUCGUGCAAAAAUUUAUGAGGGAGUGGAAUAGCUUAACUGAAACCAAGCGUCGACUAAUAGUGAAGUCAUCUACACUCUUUGACAGUCCCCGUGUUGCAUAUGAGUCACUGAAAAGUGACAGAUGUGUCACAGUUAUCCGCCAUAAAACAAAGGAGGACAUUGCUGCUGAGUCAUUAGCAAAAGCAGGUCAGAUACAGGGGAACAUCAGAGUUGUGAAAAGAUCUCACCAAUCAGAGACCAGCUUAGUACAGGCCACCACAUCAGAGGGUAUUCCGAUUUGUUUGAAUUGUAGUAAACCUUGUGAUAGCAGUCUGCUUUCUAAAGAAACCUUGAAGGACUCAGAUUCUGCAUGGGCCACAAGGUUUUGUUCCCAGAAAUGUAUGAACAAAUAUUGGAUCCAGACCAAUUCCAGUUACUGCAGAGACCAGCUGUAUGAGGCAGAACAUGGCAUUUGUCAGUUAUGCAGCUUUGAUGCACACUCUUUGUAUAAGCAGAUUAGGGAUACAGAUGAUAUGCAGAAAAGAGUAGACAUCCUUCAUUCCAGUAUAUUUGACAAGCUAAAUCCAAAACAGAAAGAGGCAAUUGUAAAAAAUCCAGUUGCUGGACAAUUCUGGCAUGUGGACCAUAUUCGUGCAGUGUGGGAGGGAGGGGGACAGUGUGAUAUUGACAAUUUUCGGACUCUAUGUGUUCUUUGCCACCAGAAAGUUACUGCACAACAGGCUAGGAAAAGAGCAACCAUCAGGAAACUUGGGGCAGCCACUGGUAUGGCAGACAUUUCGGCUUUUUUCCAGCCAGCAUAGAAUUAGUGAUAAGACACUGUUAACUGGUCAACUUUAUGCUUCCUCUGUAUUUCUUAUACUGCAUGUUGUUGACAAUUUUAUUUGAUUUCAA